CUAUUUUGUGGUGGGCCUUGUCCCAUAUGUCCAGCCCGGGGCGGCCACGUAUGGUAUAUAACCUGACAACAACACUUACCCAUCACUUGCUCAUCUCCAUUCACACAACAAUGGUUGCCAGGUUCGUUAUCUUCACGUGCUUCGUGGCUGCUGGCUCCGCCGGCCUGCUGCCCCAGUACUCCACACCGUCAUAUAGCACCCCGGCUUACGAGAAAGAGGUGAAACCAGAGGAAUACGACUCGCAUCCCCAAUACAGCUUCUCCUACGACGUGGCUGAUGGAAUAACUGGAGACACGAAGAGCCAACACGAGACCCGAGACGGCGAUGUCGUCCAGGGUUCGUACUCCCUGAUCGAGCCAGAUGGCAGCAAGCGCACGGUGGAUUACACCGCUGACGCUCAGAAUGGCUUCAACGCUGUUGUCAGCAAGGAGGCGGGUGCUGGUCCCAUCAUCGCUAAAGUGGCUAAACCCCCUGUGGUGAACCCGACACCUGUGGUCGCGAAAGUGGCGUCUGUGGUCCACGCUGCGCCUGUGGUGCAUGCACCAGUGGUCCACCCAGUGGCGUACCAUUCCCCUAUCGCUUAUUCAGCUCCCAUCGCCUACUCCUCAUCUCCGGUGGUCCAUGCCGUCCACUCUGGUCAUCUCGUCCACUCUGGACCAGUGGUCCACGCGGCACCCGUGGCCUACUCCGCACCCAUCUACCACCAUUAG